CCGUCCGUCUGCUUUUACACGCACCGUUGUCUGCUGCCGAGAAAAUGCUACGCACUGCGUUCGCGCGUGCACGAUGCUAUGCAUUUGCUCUCCCAAGAAGCACGGCCGCGCGAUCACACGGCAAAUGUGCGAUGUCCGGCGCCACAGCAACUGGCUGCAUCGAAAGACCAAACGAAACCACAGAAAUACGACGGGCGAGGCUCUUGUACCAGAGCCGUAAAAGAGGCAUGCUUGAAAACGAUCUCGUGUUAAGCACGUUUGCCGCCAAAUACCUGGACAAGUUCACGGAAGACCAGCUUCUCCAGUACGACAGAUUGAUCAAUUUGCCGUCGAACGACUGGGAUAUUUAUUACUGGGCAACAGGAGCCAGGGAAACUCCCGUCGAGUUUGAGAACGAGGUGAUGGCACUCCUCAGGGAGCACGUCAGAAACGACGACCGGGAGACGAGAUACAAGCAGCCGGACCUUCCUUAGACCCGGAACUUGUAGAUUCUUUCUAUGUACAGUAGACAGCGUAUCCCCCCCCCCC